ACAUACUUCAAAACUCAGAUAUUUUAUUGUUUUAGAACAUGAUUGACGCAAUAAGGCAAAAGUGAAAAGCUUUCAUCAGUAACAACAACCUGAAACCAUCCUAAUUGUAUAUAUAUAAGCGAAAAGUAUUAUAAAAUAUCAUCAAAGAUGGAGGAGAUGUCACCUGAUAAUAUACAUGGAGUCAUUUUAGCUGUGUCUUCGAGUAUAUUCAUUGGUUCUAGCUUCAUCAUCAAGAAGAAAGGUCUCAAGAAGGCCGGUGUUAGCGGAGCCAGAGCAGGUGAAGGAGGGUAUGGAUACUUAUAUGAACCUUGGUGGUGGGCUGGAAUGAUAACAAUGAUUGUUGGGGAGAUAGCUAAUUUCGCAGCUUAUGCGUUUGCACCGGCUAUUCUAGUGACACCUUUGGGAGCUCUAAGUAUUAUUUUCAGCGCAGUGCUAGCACAUUUUAUUUUGGAAGAGAAGUUGCAUAUGUUCGGUAUACUUGGCUGUGUCCUCUGUGUUGUUGGAUCUACUACUAUUGUUCUACAUGCUCCUCAUGAGCAAAACAUUGAAUCAGUCAAGCAAGUAUGGCACCUUGCUACUGAACCAGGCUUCCUUGCUUACUCUGCUGUGGUCUUGGUUGUGGUGCUUGCAUUGAUCUUCUACUACGAACCACGUUAUGGGAAGACGCAUAUGAUAGUAUAUGUUGGGAUUUGCUCUUUAAUGGGAUCCUUGACAGUUAUGAGUGUUAAAGCUGUAGCAAUUGCAAUAAAGCUUACCUUUUCCGGGAUGAACCAGUUCAAGUACUUUCACGCAUGGAUCUUCAUCAUAGUAGUGACCAUAUGUUGCAUUUUACAAAUCAACUACUUAAACAAGGCUCUAGAUAAUUUUAACACAGCGGUUAUAUCUCCAGUUUACUACGUUAUGUUUACAACAUUCACCAUCUUAGCUAGCAUGAUCAUGUUCAAGGAUUGGGCUUCUCAAAGCGGAUUGCAAAUUGCGACCGAGCUAUGUGGCUUUGUGACCAUUUUAUCAGGAACAUUUCUUCUUCACAAGACAAAAGACAUGGGAAACAGUACCAGCAUACGCGGUUCCACGUCGCACUCGCCUAGAGACACUCCUGUCUUCGUAAACUCAGGUUCUAGUCGCAGCUCCAACUCCACUAGGCCUUCAAUAUUAUAAUCCUACUGGUCAGUUGGUAGAGCUAACGGCCUAGAACGAGGCAAAAACGAGUAACAAAAGCCUCAAUGAGAACUAUUUUUUGGAUGGAAAGUGACAAAACAGAGCAAUUGGGUAUAAUGUGUUUUUGGAGAAAGGAAGGUUUAGUGAAUGAUUUGUUAGGGAUACUAUUUGAUUGAUUGUUUCAUGUUAUUUCAUUUUAUUACUAUUUCUUGUUUUUCAUAUGAGAGAUAUAAAGGAAGUUUUAAACACACAGUUUCA